GGUUUCAGUCUGUGUUCUAUCACGGGUACAUUCCGGCGUUGGCCUCUUGUCCAAAGAUCACUAGUGACACAACUUGCACUUACAACACUGGUCAGUCCGACACGAGAUCAAGAUGUCCGAUGAACGUACCAUACUGAUUGCUAUGGACGGCAGCGAGCAUGCUGACCACGCCUUUACCUAUUACAAAGAUAACCUGUACAAGGAAAAAGAUGCACUGAUCAUCGUCUACUGUGCUGAAUAUAAAUCAUUAAAUAAUCCGCAGGCCGUCACCAUGGUGUCGAUCGAUCCUGCCCUUGUCACCAACCUCUUGAUGGAAGAAGAGAAAGAAAUAAAUAAGAUAGCCGCAAAGUUCGAGGCACUGGUUAAAGAUCACCAGAUGAAGGGGAAGUUAAUUCGCGUAGGCGGAGAGCCGGGACCAGGAAUAUGUAAAGUUGCACUCGAGCAAAACGCCGACUUUAUAAUAACCGGAAGUAGGGGGCUUGGCAAGGUUCGGCGCACUUUUCUAGGAAGUGUUAGCGAUUACGUGGUGCAUCACGCGCACGUACCGGUGCUUGUGUGUCGAAACAAGUCAUAGCAACCUCAAGUGUUGCUGAUAGACGCAUUCAACAAAUGGAUAACAAGCAUUUAUGUAUACUAUUGUAGUGUGGGUACAUAUCAUUAGAGGUGAAACGGUACCUCGCGGUGUAGUUGAAUCGUUAUAUUUUUCUUCUGGUUCGGAACACGGUAUAGUAACUCCAAACUCCGGUGAGUGGGCAAUUUUAUGCUUGGUGACAUUGCUAUUUCAUCACGCGCUGGAGGUUAUCCCAAGUGCUAUAUCAAAGCAAGUUUCUGAUUGGCCUACUACUAGUAUAUAAAUGAUACCCAAUUGCAAGCAUUCUUACAUUAAGCCUGUGUUGUGAUGGGGAAUAUGGAAUCGGACGAAAUUAUUUUGAAGGAUCCUUUGGCUUCCUACCAUGUGUGGAAAUAGUGUUGAAGGCGUACCGUUUUACCCCUAAUUAUUACCCUAUUACUAGUCGACUUUGUACAGUUAUAUAAACUUAUGUAGUUGUAUCAGUUUCCUAUUAGCAUGACAAUGGAUAGCCUUGCAUGUAUGAGUUUCCGCACUGUGUCACGUUCUAUAUCCAUCAGUGUUUCUGGUUCAGGUGUUGAUAUGAUAACAAUACAAUUAUUUGUUUCGAUUUUAUAACCUUAUAUCUUUAGGCAUUUUAAAAUCAAUGUAAUUUUAAAACGUUCGACCAUCUUUGGUCUACACUGUAUGUGAUACACAGUUCAAUAAAAAGACCAACGCAUUUAACUAACUGUAUUAUAAUAA